ACCCUGCUGAAGAAGUCCAUUCAUUUCGGAUUCAAGUUAUUAAAAGUACAAUAACAUUCGUUAAAUGAGCAUAAUGUGCUGAAAUAUUGGAGCGUUUUUUUAUUUCUUCUUUGCCUGGGAACUUUGUAUGCAGAAAUUGCGUUUGCUACAUUCGGAUCUUAUAUGUUUAUUCUAACUACUACUAUCGUAGUAAAAUGGAUCCCUUCAAGAAUUCCCACGGUCAUGGUAAAUCACCAUGUCUGACGGCGUAGGUUCAGAUAUUGAUGUGCAUCAAGGUCUUUCUGUGGUUCAUGUUUCACUUGCUAGCCCGACACUGCAAGUCCAGUCAGUAAUUCAACAAAAUCAACAUAUUCUUCAGUCAAGCAAUAACUCAGUUAUUCAUAGUGCUGGAUCCAGUGUACCAACAAUUCAAGUUGUAAGAGUUGCUCAGGUAGAGGACGAUUCACUAACUGAAGAUCACGAAGGAAGAAAGAGGAGAGAAAUUUUAUCAAGGAGACCUUCAUACAGAAAAAUCUUGAACGAGUUAUCGUCGCCUGUGUCAGUGACAAAGAUUGACGAGGAAUCAAACAGCAGUCAGAGUCAGGACGGAGAGUCACAAGACGGACUCGGUACAACCCUGCAGUAUCAGAACGCCACAGUGAUUCCUUCCGGGGCCAUACAGAUCAGUGUGGGUGCUGACGGUACGCCGAUUGCUAGUGGCCUGCAGACCCUUACAAUGACAAACGCAAGCCCUGUUUCAAGUGCAGGGAGUGGCAAUGCAGGGGCAACCAUUGUCCAGUAUGCUCAGGGCCCGGACGGGCAGCAGUUCUAUAUCCCAGGUAUAGAUCUCAGCUCUUCGGGAUCGGAAAUGGGCAGUACAGGUACAAUGCAGGCAUAUCAGAUAGCCACGCCAGGCACAUUACCCCAGGGCGUUGUGAUGGCAACCAACAAUACGGCACUCUCAAGUCGGGAUGCUGCCUCUGAGGAAGCUGCCAGGAAAAGGGAACUCCGCUUGUUGAAAAAUAGAGAUGCAGCUAAGGAGUGUCGACGAAAGAAGAAAGACUAUGUGAAGUGUUUGGAGAAUCGUGUAGCUGUAUUAGAGAACCAAAACAAAACUCUCAUUGAAGAGCUAAAAGCCUUAAAAGAACUGUACUGUCAGACCGAAGUAUAAUACUUGAUGGGCCCGGGCUUGUACUGAUUGUGAUAUUUUAGUGAAUAAUGUGCAUGCUCACGUUUUAGGGAGUAUAGGCUCGUAUUAUCCUGUGAUGUCAUCAAGCCAAGGUCUUUACUGAGAAUAAAUUGUGUGUGCAGCUCCAAAUGAAAGAAAGACAUUGACUGAGAUUUGGAUUGAAGAAUAUUUCCACUAUUAGGUUGAACAGAAAUUCUUUCAUGGAUCUGAACAACAUGGUCUUUGAUCGAGCGGCUGGUAGUGCUUAAGAAUAUAUUCAAUAUUAGAUAUUUCCCUUGGAUAUGCAUCAGUUGUACAUUCUGUCUGUUGACCAAUAAUUUUACAGUUCAAAGAUACUCAACUAUUCUACUCGUAAAUUUAAGAUAGAUCUGAGUUGGUCUAUGAUAAGUGUUGAAAGUUCACUGUACUCAUUUUGGGGAUGGCUAGAUUUAAGUUUAAGAUAAAGCAUGGAAAUGUCUCUGUUUUUAUGCACAUUUGUUAUCAUUUAAUGUUUGUUUCUACUCUUAAGUCUUGUUUUUUUUCUCAAUAUGCACUCAUACUAUUUGCUCUGACCAUUUUUCAUGUAAUUAAAUUUUAAGUAUUUGAAUCUUUUGUGUGAACUCACAAUUGUGCUAAAAGAAAAUGAUUAACCUUAUAUUUUUAACCUGAUUUUAUCAAACUAAUAUAUGUUCAAUUUUACCAUUUUGUAUGUUAAAAGUUGAAUAGAAUACAUGUAAAUGAACUUGGGAACAUGUCAUGUUUGUUCAUAAAUGAUACAAAUUGAUAGUUCUUAUGUUGUUGAAAAUGUUUUAAAAUUUACUACCAAGAUUAAGUUCUGACUUUACAAGUUUUUACACCUAUUGUUGUGACAUAAAUAAUACAUAGCCGAGCCUUUUGUGGUUGUUUAUGAAAGUGUGGACAAAGUUGAAUCAAAAGAAUGGAUUAUUAUUGGUAGUGCAUUGACAUUUUCCUUUUUACCGACAGGUCAUUUACAGACCAUUCACUUUGAAUCGACAAUCCUCACACAAAAAUUUUGAUAGAACACUUAAAGUGACACUCUUAUUAAAAAUCAAUACAUACACAUGUAUAACGAACAUCAAUUUUGACUGAUAAACCUUUAACUACUUACUAAAUAAUACAUUUAUGGAAAAUAUUAAUUACUGAUAACUAGAUUGUUACCGUGUAUUUAAUAGCAGAAGGCGCAAAAAUAUUAAAUUAAUAGAUUGGUGAAUGCUAAAAGAUUUACUGUGGUCUACUAUAGUCUCAUUCUGAUAAGGUAGAAAUACUGUGUUUUAUGCUCAUUUCUUUCAGAUUAAAUUCGUUAUCCUUGAUAAGAACAAUUGAUUUCAACAUUUAUUCAUCCUUUUUGGAAUAUUAAAACAAUACUAUAAGUUGUUGUAAAUCUUAUCUGGGAGUAAGAGUGCAUCUUUAAUGGUUUAAAAGAUAAGCAUUAUUUCAUGUGUCACCAUCCAUUCAUUAUUGAUCAUUAUACAUGUAUAAUCACGUUAGUUUGUUGAUGGUAUAAAUUAGUCAUACCAAUGUGUCAUAAAUGUUUCUUUGCUUAUCACAUGAGUGUCUACAAUUCAAUGCAAUUUGAAUACAGUAAACCUGUGAUCGUUGGAGGAAACAAUGGCCCGAGCUAAAACCUAGAGUCAUCUUAUGUAUUGAACAAUCAAAGUUUCCAUUUUAAUCUGUUAUUAAAUGUCUUACAAUGUAAGUUUGAAGUCAACAUACCGGUUGUUUACUUCAGCAAAGUUUAUGUUUUGUGUUGUGGCAAUCCCACAUGUGUUCAAAGGCUGUCGUAUACUAAUCAUGAAAAUGUAAAAGUAAAACAAAACAGUGAGUAAAUAAGCAACAUUGAAAUAUGACCAUGCUCAGGUGUUUGGCAAUAUGGAUUUCUUCCAUAUUUGCCAUAUUGCAAAGCAAAAGACAAGAAAGAAUUUUUUUUAGAAAUUCUGAUGUUGGGCCAUAACGGUAGUGUUUAAUUCAUAUAUUUAUAACUCGUAAAUAUUUUUCAAAAUUAAUUUCUUAUCAUAAACUUUUCACAAUUAUCUUCUCAAAUGCCUUUAUCAAGUAAUAGCAGUCAUGUGUCAACGGUGAUAAUCAAUUUUCACACCUUAUCAAUUUUUUAUAUUGUCAUUGCAAUUUUUACACUUGCGAAAAUCUUAACACCUGGCAAUUUUUUUUUUAUUUGAAACACACUUUCGGAAAAAUGUGUGAAAUCAUAACCUCGAUGUAAUCAUAACAUUCUGCCUGCUUGAGCAAUUUCAGUUUUACUGUAUUUAAAAAAAAAAUUGUUAAGAAAUUGUAUAAAGUAGUACACUGUUGUUUUUCUUUUAUUGUAUGACAAUAAAGCCAUAAAAUAAAGUA